AAAUUCAAAAGGCAAAAGUGUUUUUACUUACCCUACCGGAAGUGACGCCUUAGCAGCGGAGAAAGCGUCAAAAUGUCGGGCAACGGAGGUCUGUGGAAUGCUCCUCAAGUUACGUAUAGUCAGCAAACUCAUGAUUUGCUUAAAGAGAUGAUGAGAGAAUCUAAGUUGACAAACUUUCAACAAAGAAAAAUACAACAAACAUUAAAAGAUGGAAAAAAUUUGCCUGAUUAUGUGGCACCAACAUCUUCCAAAUCAGAUCAUAGAAAAAUUAAGAAACUGGCACCUUUACCUAAAGUUCUAAAUCCAAAAGUUUACUCAGGUGGGUUGAGGUCAAAGAACACAAUGGAAGCCAUGGGGGCAUUUGAAAAACCUGAAUAUGUGGCCUCUCUGAAAGGAAUCACCAGGUCUACAAGAGAGAAAGAGAGACUGGCAAAUAUCAUGGCAUUUGGGGAAGACAAACCUAAAGGGAAAACAAAAAGAUUGACUGAACCAAUAGAACCCUUGCCUCCACCACCAGACAGAUUUGAUGAAUUACAAAAUGAAAUUCAAGAAAGACAGGAGUUUCUAAGAGAGAUGGAAGCCUUGGGUAAAGGUGACCAGUACAGGACCAUAAUUGCUACAGAAAUAUCACAGAAAAUAAGAGAAAUGGUUUUAAUCGACAAAAAACAAACAGAACGACUGCAAAAAGCUAUAGAAAAUGAUAAAAGGAAAAGUCAAUUAACCUGAUGUUCCUUAGUUUUUCUGUUGGAUGUGUUUUUGUCACCCUGCAAAUCAAGUUAAAGCGCUUUGUGAUUUUUUGAUAAACAUUUUACUAUUUAUUUUUACAAAUAUUUUGCUAAGAAAAAAAAUUUCCUGGUUCAUUAAAAAUUAAAAUUAAAUUGCAAUCUGAUAAUUUUUAUUAUAAAUGUUAAAAAUAAACAGUUUUCUAAAAGGAAAAAUAGUUGAUUUUAUAAUAAAUCCAUUUUGACUUUAAUAAAAAUAAUUAUAUUGAAUACUGGAAAAAAAAAUGGUUUGAACAGAUAAACAUUGUGCAUAUAAUGUAAAUUAUCUCCCUUUAAACUUAGUUAUCAGUUUAAUGUUAAUAUUCGAAUUAGAUAAGCUCAUGUUAUCCAGAGUGCUGAGCAGAAUAGUCCCGCACUGAUUGAGUUUUUAACAUUUUAGCAAAUGUGAACACAAGUUAACUCUGGUCUUUCAUUCAAUUUUUUUUUUCACUUGCCCAGCAUUGUGCCAUCACAAUAAACAAAUGAUAUAAA